AUGCAAAAAAAUGUUUCACAUUCGACAUAUGCAGAAGCUAUUGAAAGCGAAUGUUUAGAACAUUAUGAAAUUAAUUUGGAAAGAUAUAAAGAUGAACGAGAUGCCAUACAAAAGAAAACUUUUACAAAAUGGGUAAAUCAACAUUUAUCAAAAACAAAUAAAGUAGUCGAGGAUUUAUUCUUUGAUUUGAGGGAUGGAAGUAAUUUAAUUGAUUUACUUGAAUUAUUAUCUGCUGAAAAUUUGUCAAGAGAAAAUGGAAGGACUCGCUUUCAUCGAAUUCAAAAUGUCCAGUCUUGCUUGGAAUUUUUGAGGCGUCGAAAUAUAAGAUUGGUAAAUAUUAGGCCUGAGGAUAUUGUUGAUGGAAAUGGAAAGUUAACACUUGGACUUAUUUGGACAAUAAUUCUGAACUUCCAAGUUUCUGCAGUAAUUAAUUAUCAACAAAAAGCACAACGUCGGCAAGAUAUUACCGUUCAUAUAUCAGCUACAACUUCUCCAAAUAAUAAAAUAAUUAAUUCACAACAAGAUGAAGGUGUUCAUUACAGUCAAACAACUUCUAGAUUGGUAGGUUAUUUAAUUUUAAAAAUAAAUAAAUCUCUCUUUAAUCACUUUUCUUCAUUAAAUUUAUUCUUAAUUAUUCCUAAUCAUUUUUAA